GUGAAAGUGUGUUUGAUCGAAACGAGAUGUCUGGACGCGGAAAGACCGGUGGCAAGGCCAGAGCUAAGGCCAAGACCCGCUCGUCCCGUGCGGGGCUCCAGUUUCCCGUGGGCCGUGUUCACAGGCUGCUGCGCAAGGGGAACUACGCCGAGCGCGUCGGUGCCGGAGCUCCGGUGUACCUGGCUGCGGUCCUGGAGUACCUGACCGCUGAGAUCCUGGAGCUGGCCGGGAACGCAGCCCGCGACAACAAGAAGACUAGGAUCAUCCCCCGCCACCUGCAGCUGGCCGUGCGCAACGACGAGGAGCUCAACAAGCUGCUGGGCGGCGUGACCAUCGCUCAGGGAGGCGUCCUCCCCAACAUCCAGGCUGUCCUGCUGCCCAAGAAGACCGAGAAACCGGCCAAGGCCAAGUAAACGUCCGCAGCCCGAGCGACAAYCCAACGGCUCUUUUAAGAGCCAC